UAAAUAACAAGCAUAGAUUGUCGUCUGCAUGCGUCAAAUCAAUUGUUGUUUUAACAACAUACUCAAAGUAUUUAAUUACUUAUGCUCUAGCUGAGCAGAAUCGCAUCUGGGUACGCACGACUUGUUAGAAUUGGCGAAACUUGCGAAAACAAAAGAGGAACGACUUGACAGUUCGGACCAAGUCUCUGUCUGCCCAGCACUAACUUCCCAUCAUGUCUGUCCAUGACGAGUUCGACACGCCCAGUUCAGAUAGUUUCUGGGAGCCGGGCAAGUUUAUGAAGACAGUGAAGCGCCACGAGAACGGCUACAAACUCUGCGACCAGCUGCGGUCCUUGGUGGAAUCGCGGAGCGAGAUUGAAAAGAAUUAUGCCAAGAGUUUAUCCAACUGGUCCAAGAAGUGGAACGACUUCCUGGAUAAAGGUCCUGAGUAUGGCACGUGUCUCGGUGGCUGGAAGAGUGCCCUAAUUGAGGCAGACAGCCUGAACUCCAUCCACUUGGAUAUAGCAGACCAGCUCAUGAACGAAGUCUACCAGUCCAUCAAAGCGUGGCAGAAAGAGAACUACCACAAGUCUAUGAUGCACUUCAAAGAAACAAAGGAAUUGGAGGAUGGCUUUAGGAAGGCUCAGAAACCGUGGGGGAAACGGUUACAGAAGGUGAUGAAAGCGAAGUCCGACUACCACAGUGUAUGUAAACAGGAGAAGAGUACAGCAAACCAAGAGAACAAUGCCAGGGGCGAUUCCACACUCUCUCCCGAUCAGUUAACAAAGCUACAGGAGAAAUUACGCAAACUCCAGACGGAAGUGGAUUCGACUAAAGAGAAAUACGAAGCGGCUCUGAAUGACCUCAAUAGUUACAAUGCCAAGUACAUAGAAGACAUGACGGAGGUUUAUGACAAAUCUCAAGAUUAUGAAAGAAAAAGAAUAGACUUUGUGAAAAAGACUCUAUAUGAGAUACAUUCUUGUUUAGACCUCAGUGUUCAGCCAAAAUUUGCAAAAGUCUACACAGACUUUCACUCUAUAAUUGGACUGACAGAUGCAGAUAAAGACCUCAAGUUCUGGUCAAAAUGUCACGGGGUUGACAUGCAAAUGAACUGGCCAGUUUUUGAGGAGUAUUCACCAGAGUUGCAGUCAAUUUCGCGGAGAGGUAAAUCUCACAUAGGAGCCAAUGACGGAAUUACAAUAACUGGGAUCAAACACAACCGCGAGGAGAGCUGGGAGAGCAAGCCCCCGGAGAGACAGUCGUUCACCAACCCAGCUCAGAUAUCUCAGCCUAUCAGGCAGGAGAGCUAUGACUCAUCAUUGAAUCCAUUUGCGGAUGAUGAUGAUGAUGAUGAUGACGACAAUGAUGAAGAAGUAAAUGUCAACGAAAACGAAAACAGUGAUAAUGUUGAUGACAGCAGCAACACCCCUGAGAUAACAGAAGAAAUAACUCCUAAAGUGACAAGCAAUUUUUGCCUCAGUUUGUGUGAAGAAAACCACACGCGGACUCGCUCUGAUGAAAACAAUUCGAACCCGUUCGGCGACGCAGACAUGGACGACCACUCUGACCCAGAAGAACCGCCCUCCAAUGAGCAGGGAGUCGCAGUGCGGGCUCUCUACGAUUACGAAAAAUCCGAAGAUGACGAACUCAAUUUCAAAGCAGGUGAUGUAUUUGUUGAAAUCAGGGGCGAGGACGAAAUGGGUUGGAGCAAAGGCAGAAAAAACGGUGUCGAAGGUCUUUAUCCAGCGAACUACGUCGAACGGUUGUAGAAGAUUCCACGAUUUACUAAAACAGAAAAAAAAAUAUAUAUGUCUACCAGCAAUACUUACAACAUGCUCCGUAUUACUAUUAGAAGAGUUGGCACGCAUCUUCCAGACUGAGGACUUAGUAAUGUUAUUAUUGUCUGUAUCACACACACACCGCGUUCAUCACGUUCCGUGUAGUUUACAAAACACUGUGCAUUGUUGUGUGUAGUGUAUAUCAAUAAACAUUUCAUGUAUAUAUUCCAUCUGUAUAUAUUGAGAUUCAGGUUCAUGUAAAGAUGUUUUUAAACAUCUGCAUUCUCUCAGUGUGUGUCUGGAUCGUUUGAUAGCUCGUGGAGGGGGGUGCUGGAUGGGGGUGGGUCUCUUAUCAUUCAUCGGACGUCAUUUUGCAUGGAUUCGUCUAUUGGUAGUAGGAUUCGUUGCUUAAAAAAAGAAAAUUAUAUAAAGAGGACUUCCAAAAUGUUUUUGCAUUAACGUUAUAUGCUCUACUACACAUCAAACAUUGUGUGUAGUUAGUCGUCUUAAGUCUAGUAAUAUCAUAGUGAUUGUUAAGAUUCAUCAUUGAAGUCUCUUGGUUACAUAUAAUGUAAACUAAACUGUUUUCUUGUUUUUAUUGAUGUAUGAAAGAACUAAAUGUUUUAAAUGUUUUGCAUAAACCUAAAUUUAAUGAAACAGUUAGUUCCCUUUGACAACAGCUUAUGAAUCGGACAACGAAAACACUACUGAUUUCACUUGAAUAAAUUCCUCUUUUUUUUUUUCCAAAUAAAAAUAUUACAGUCAUUAAUUCAUUAAUUUAUUUGAGUUUAUAACAUGUCAUGUCCAAGUUUAGUUUUUCUGUAUCAUAAGGCAUGGUAUUAAGUCAUUAGUGUAUUUCUCUUUUUUAACUUUUGAAAAAAAUAUAAACCAAAAAAAGACAUUUAGUUUUAAUUUCAGUAUACCAACCCUUUAGCUGGAUAAAUAAAGACAAUCCAGUGCUGUGGACUUGUAACAUAAAGUUCUCUUUAUAAUUGGGAUAUAUUUAAUAUAGUUUUAAGUCCUUUGUAAGAUUAUAAUAUUCAAUCUAAAAAUGAAGGGCAUUGUUAAAAAAAAAAAAUUUUUUAAAUGUAACCUUUGUGUUAAUAUUAUUAUUUUUAAUCUAGUGUAAUAUAUGACCUAUGGACACAAGGAAUAAUUUGUAAAGUGUUCAUGCCCUGUAAAAGCUUACAACAAAGAGCGCUUGUACCAUUUGAACUUACAGUAGAAUGGAGGUAUUUAAACAUGUUCAUCUUUUCACUUUUAGUAUUACGUUACGCAUCAACUAUUGCUACCUCUCUCGCUGUAUGACAACCUGUGUGACUGCCCAGGCCAGAGAUUUUCCAAGCUACCUUAGCACUCCGAUAUAAAAUCUCCAUAAGCUGUGACGUCACAACAAUGCAUGCCAAAGCCUAUAACAGUUGUAAGCUGUGACACAACAACAAUGCAUGCCAAAGUCUACGAUGGUUGUAAGCUAUGACGUCACAACAAUGCAUGCCAUAGCCUUUGAUGGUUGUAAGCUGUGACCUCGCAACAAUGCAUGCCAUAGCCUACAACUGUUAUAAACUAUGACGUCACAACAAUGCAUGCCAUAGCCCAUGACGGUUGUAAGCUAUGAUGUAAAACAGUUCAUGCGUAUGACAGUUUUAUGAUAUCGGAGUGCGAAGAUAGCUUCAAAGAUCUGGGCCCAGAUUUUGAUCUUCCUUAAUUUUCCAUCGUUUCACAUCAGUCUUUGUAUAUAAGGUGGGUCUGGUUUUAUUAUUAUUUAUUUUCUGGCAGUAAAAUGUUAUGCUUGAUUUGCAGUGAUAUCAGAACAUUUUGUUCAGAACUGGAAAAAAAUAAUAUUGCUUAUAUGUUUGGUAUUUUGGAAAGUACUGCUAUAAAGAAACGUUUCACAUUUGUUUUAAAUUAAACAUUAAUUAAAGCUUCUGAUGUAUGUAUACUGAUAUAUAUAUAUACUGAUAUAUUGAUUAAGUUUAUAGCUUGUCUUUAGUUUUCUGGACCAUAAAUUAUGAUAUUGUUAUAACCACAAAUGAACUUGUCUGAGCGAACUACAUGAAUGCAUUUAGUAGGUGUAUGUUUCAACAGUUCAGUUUACAAAUUGUUUUCAGAUUUGAAUUUGACGAUUGGUCUUUAAAACAAAAUAGUUACUGUUACAGUAACAAGACCUAAAUAAUUAGUUAUAAUUAGUUAAAAUAAAAUAGUAUUUUUUUAACCACUAAAAUAACUUGGAACGAUGUUAAUUCUUGUUCAUUCGAGAAGACUGUUUUUCACCAAGGUGCUCUUGUUUUUGUUAACCUUCAUAUGUGAUACACACCAAAAGAUAGUCUAGGGUAGUAACCGUGUACGUUGAGCUUUUACUGGUUAUUUCCCAUAAUAACCUCUGAGGCUGAUGAUUUUUGUAUGCCUAGGCCUAAAAGAAUAAAUGUUAUUCUGAAAGAUGGGCAAGAUGUUUUGUUGACAAUUAGGUAAUUUUAUUUGAAAUUGUUUCUUGCCUUUGCAAAAAAAAAGACCAACAACUGCAGCUUAUUAAAUAAGCUAAUUUGUUAGCUUUUGGGCGAGUUAUGAAAUACAUUUGGCUCCAGGCCCAGUUCUUCUUGGGGUUUUUUAGAGUCUAGACUUUUAAUUUCAUGGCAAUGUCAUACAAAUUGUAUGCAUGUGACAUCAUUAGAGAUUUGUGUCUAGACUAUAAAAUAUAAGCAAGGGCUCUGUUAUAUUGGGCAAAAAAUCACUUGCACUUAAACUCUAAUUAUUGUUUUACAAGUAAAAUGAUGUACUCAAAUAAUCAAAAUGUUAAUCACUGUACUAUUUUUGCAUGUAUAUAUAUCAUAUAAUUAUUAUAGAUGUAGGUACACGUACAUGUAGGGACGUCUGAACUAUGACACGGACCUCAAAGAAAGGAAAGCUCAAGGUUCAUUCAGGGACUGAUUCGAGGGCUGGAAAAGGGUUUCACUAGACAUAUUUUCAUCUGUGACACCAAUUGACUUGUCUUGUAAAAAUAAUAGACCGAAUUUACGAAGCUUGUUUUUAUCUUACUGCAUGUAAUUACAUGUAUGUGAAAUGCUUAAACACCCUAGGUUUUUUUUUAAAGAAAACUCUGCUUCGUAAAUUCAACCCAAUGAGUUUUUCUUUGGGUUAUGUCAAAUGUGUGUUCUCUUGUUGUGACCCUGAAUUUAGAGUAGGUUAAUAACUAGUAUAUCAUGGUAUAGGUAAAUAGUAAAAUUGUAUAGGUGUUAUCUUAAUAUGUAUUUUAUAUAUCCACACCAUGAACAAAUAUAAAUAAUAGUAAUAUGCAUGUAAGUGGUACAAGUUAAUCAGAUAAAAGAUUAUAUUCUCUCAAAACUGAUUUGUGAGCGGUUUGCUCAUUUGAUAAUAAUGUCAUUUUGAUUUAAUUGGCCAGUGUUGUAAAAAAAAAAAAAAACCUAAUUUUUGAUAGGUUUUUUUUUUCUUCUGUUUUUAGUUUAUUAUUAUUAUUUUUAAAAUCUUGCCAUCACAUUUGCGGAACAAGAUGGGUGGUAUACUAAGUCAUUCUCAAUCAUUGCAUAAACGUUUUAUUUACAUAGCAUCAGUUGACAAGUGGGCGCUUGCCUUGAAGGUUGACAUUUGAAGAAAUUUUCAUUGGCUGUUGGGUGAACAUGUUUUGAGUUCAAGUACUGAUCAUCCUGUACGCUCAUUAUUCUCAUUUCUUAUUUUAAAGGUAUACUGUCACGGAUUUAAGGACCUUAUUUCUCUAAAAAUGGAUAAUAAAUAAAAAUUACAUUAAUUGUUGGAAACCAAAUCUAGCUAUCGCAUCACCUUAA